UCUUAUUUCUUUACCAUGUUUACCGAGCCGCCGUUGUAACUUGUAAGCAUGAGAUAGCAAGCGCAGUCGCGGAGAUCGAGAAUCCAGAUGGGGAGGGUGUUUCUGGUAGAAGUCGAAGGCAGGUGUUACAGAUGCAGAUACUGCGACAGUGCUCUUGCCCACGCUGACGAUAUUCUUCCGCGAUCUUUGAAUUUCCAUCAAGGGAGGGCAUUUAUCUUCAACAAAGUGGUGAAUGUUAUGGUUGGACAACAAGAGGAGAGGUUGAUGCUUUCUGGAAUGCACACUGUGGAAGAUAUAUUCUGCUGCUGUUGUGGACAACUUCUUGGCUGGAAAUAUGUGGCAGCACAUGACAAACACCAGAAAUACAAGGAGGGAAAGUUUGUUCUUGAAAGAUUGAGGAUAGUUGAGGAAGUCCCUGAGGAACUCAAUUUGGAGGUACGUGCUGGUUCAAGUGACGCAGAAAAUCCCUGAUGGAUUUGCUUUUAAAUUUUGUAAAAAUGAGUAGUAAAGAAGGAUUAGAAGUUGUUAAUAGAGUACAUGGAGAUCAAAAUCAAACCGAGAAGCAUUGAACUUUUCAAUUUAUUUUAGAAAACAACUUAUUAUCUGCUCUCACAUAAAUUAAACCAGCGAAACCCGUAUCUCA